AAAUUUGUUUCCUUUUUUGUCAUUAUUUCAUAUAUACAAGUAAAACAUUCUUUUAUAAGGCAAAUAGACAUUUUGAAUAUAAAAAUGUCCCGAGUGGAUGAUAUUAAACAAUAUUUUGUCGUAUCAAACUAGUCAUCCAAUCAACGUUCUUUAUUUACAUUGGAUAUUUCAUGGAAAUGUAUAUAUAUAUAUAUAUACACAUAUGUAUAUAUAUGUUGUAUUGGCUGAGUUCCUUCAAACGUUCAAAACUGCUUUCAAAUCAUAGAAACAGGAGAUAAAUUCCAGAUAUAUGUUGGCCUUAUAAUAAAUCAAAUUAAUAUUAUUUUUAUUUAUAACCUAAUAAUUUUACAUAAAGUUGCCGAAUAUAAGGUCAAUUCCAAUAUUCACUUGUUAUACAAGCAAAAAGAUAUGUUUCAAUUACAUUUAUAAUUACAUUGAUGGUUUAGAAAUUAAUAUAUAUGAAAUGUAUACUAAUAUAAAAUGGAAGAAAAACCUUUAUGAAUUUACCGAUUUACCUGAUAAUUAUACAGACAGCACAUUUUUGACAGAAUUACGUAAGAAUGUAAAAUCGGAUUAUGUUUCUAGACUAGAAGCUAUUAAUUUAGGUGCUAGUAUAUCGAUUCGUUUAAGUAUUCCAGUUCUCUUUGUUAUCAUAUUUAUUUGGUUAUAUAAUGAAUGGACGACACCAAAUGUCAUUAUUAUAUCUGAAAUAGUUUUAACCAUUUUUGGGUAUUUAUUUUAUAAUAUAAAAAUAUUAAAUAUGUCAAAGCGACUGUCAGAAGAUCUUAGAACGACUUUAAUUUUUCUUAUUUUUGGAUAUAUUUUAUCACCGGUUUUGCGUACAUUAACUGAAACCAUUAGUACUGACACAAUAUAUGCUAUGACUAUAUUAAUGUUCCUCACUCAUUUAAUAUUUAACAAAUAUGGUUCUACGGAAAUCUUUUUUUCUGAUUCCUUGUCUAUCAAUUCAUCUAUUUUCGGUUCAUUGAUGUUAGCAUCCAGACUUGCUUCUCCUUUACAUGCAUUUUCACUUUUAACUGUUUCGGUACAAUUUUUUGUACUAUUUCCUAUAUUAUUGUCUCACAUAAAUAACAAAGUAAUUAUAUCAAUCGUAAUAACUAUAGGAACAGUAUAUUUGUUAUUACCUAUGUCUAAUGUAUGCUCCUAUGUUUUUAUCAUAGUUAUAGUAUUCAUUCAUUUCAUCUGUCCACUUUGGUAUAUUAGAUGUAAACAAUUUAAAAAUAACAUCUAUGGUCCUUGGGAUGAAGCAAUCAUCAUUUCCUAAUUGUUCUAAUAAUAUUAAUUUUGUAAAAUAAUAAAUAUUAUUAUUGUUAUUGUUAUUAACAAGUUAUCGAAAAAAAAAUAUUUACCAAGUAAAACAA